AUAUUAUUAAAUAUUAUUGUGUGUGUGUACAGUGUGUUGAAAAUGCAAAUUAAUACCACUGCUAACACAGCACUGUUUCUCCAUACCGGGUUUGCAAUUAUACAUCGUUAUGUAUCGCUUUACACUUAGUUUUACGCGCCGUGUUGUUUAUCACGACCAGUAGGUCUAUAUGGAAACUUUGCAGUAAAUCGGGAACAAAACUAGUUUCACGUCUGAGGGUUGGUAACGAGUUUUUGUUCCUGCAGUACAGCACGUUGUUGUGGAUAUAUGAUGCAGAACUAGCCAUUUGCAACACUGUUAUGUAAUUAAAAGUUGGGUUUUUUUCAGUUCUGUUCUGGUUUUGUAACUUCACAAGUUGUAUAACCUUUCAUUAUGAAACGAGCGGCUGUGUUGCUCUCAAACUCCGCCCAUUCCAGCCAGGACUCGCUGAUUGUUAUGAAAGAGGCGGCUCUCAAACUCCGCCCAUUCCAGCCAGGACUCGCUGAUUAUUAUGAAAGAGGCGGCUCUCAAACUCCGCCCAUUCCAGCCAGGACUCGCUGAUUAUUAUGAAAGAGGCGGCUCUCAAACUCCGCCCAUUCCAGCCAGGACUCGCUGAUUGUUAUGAAAGAGGCGUCACUCAAACUCCGCCCAUUCCAGCCAGGACUCGCUGAUUAUUAUGAAAGAGGCGGCUCUCAAACUCCGCCCAUUCCAGCCAGGACUCGCUGAUUAUUAUGAAAGAGGCGGCUCUCAAACUCCGCCCAUUCCAGCCAGGACUCGCUGAUUGUUAUGAAAGAGGCGGCUCUCAAACUCCGCCCAUUCCAGCCAGGACUCGCUGAUUGUUAUGAAAGAGGCGGCUCUCAAACUCCGCCCAUUCCACCAGGACUUGCUGCAAGCGGCCCAGAGCAAGAUAGCAGCGGGGAAAUGGGCAGAAUGAAAGCUGCAGUUACGGAAGGUUCGGGGACCUUCGUGUUGUUGACGCUCCUGAGCCGAAGAUGGGGCGGAACUGGCUACCGGCGUCAGAACGUGCAGAGCGGGCUGGUGACCGCGUGGGGUCUACGGCUCGGCUCCUUUCUGUUUUUGAGGAUUAUGAACGAGGGGCUGGAUCGCCGCUUCAAUAAAGUGCGGGACAGUCCCGGGACCUUCUUUAUCUACUGGACCAUGCAAGCGGUGUGGGUGUUUGUGACCCUCCUCCCCACCCUGAUCCUGAACUCGGAGCAGCAGGACCAGCCCCUGGGGGUCCGGGAUUACCUGGGCUGGGGUCUGUGGGCGCUGGGUUUCGCCACGGAGGGCAUCGCUGACCAGCAGAAAUGGAACUUCAAAAAGGACCCUGAUAACGUGGGCAGGUUUAUGCGGAGCGGGUUGUGGGCGUACAGCCGGCACCCUAACUACCUGGGAGAGAUGCUGCAGUGGACGGGUCUGUACCUCUCUGCCUCCUCCGUGAUGCAGGGAGCCCAGCACCUCAGCGUGGUCUCCCCGCUCUUCCUCUACUUCCUCCUGAAUUAUGUCAGUGGGGUCCCCAUUCUAGAGAAACAGGCCCUCAAGAAGUGGGGCAGUGACCCAGACUAUCAGGAGUACACGAGGAACACCCCAGUCCUCUGGCCCUUCACCAGAUAGACCCUAAUUCAGUGCUGGACAAGCUUUUCCUACUGCCUGCUUCAAUGCCUAACUGAACGGUAGAAAGCGGCACAUUAUUGUAAAAGCAACAAUACAUGUUUCUAAAAUA